GGUUUCCCACAAUAUGCUGUGGUAGUAUCUCCAGAAGUAACUCCAGAAACAUCUUCUGGAGCGAUCCGCAUGGUUCCGCGACGUGAGCGUCUCCGCGUCGGAUCCUCGUAGUCCAUCGUCAGUGCACUUUAAAUAGUCUUGGUCACACCCGACAAUCUCCCGUGGAUACGCGAAUCCGGAUCACUCCAAACAGCCUUCUUCUCAGGUCGCUUAGUCUCCAUCGCGACGCGAGCCUCGUCUCGCGUUACCGUUCCCUCGGUUAAAUCCUUAUUGUUCCGACCAGCGUUCGUCAAUGGGGGAAGAAGGUCCGCGUCGCAUCACGCAUGUCGUCUUCGAUAUGGACGGUCUCAUUCUAGACACCGAGGGUCUGUACACAGUAGCCCAGCAGAGAAUCCUGUCUCGAUUUAACCGCGAGUUCACGUGGGCGCUCAAGGUAAAGAUGAUGGGGAAGAAAGCGGCAGAGGCGGCUCAGGUGGUGCUGGACGAGCUGGAUCUGCACGGAGAGAUCAGUGCAGAGGAGUUCCUGCGAGAAAGAGAAUCGCUAUUAAGGGAAGAAUUUCCCAACUGCCAGCUGCUGCCAGGAGCUGAGCGGUUGAUUCGGCAUCUGCAUGCACACAAAAUCCCCAUGGCAAUCGGCACAGGGUCCCACAAGAUCCAUUUCGGCCUAAAGACAUCCAACCACGGGGGUCUAUUCGCCCUCAUUCACCACUGCGUUCUCGGGGAUGAUCCCGAGGUGCCCAAUGGCAAGCCGGCUCCUGACGUUUUCAGAGUAGCCGCAGCUAGGUUCGAUCCUCCACCGUCACCAGACAACGUGCUAGUGUUCGAGGAUGCUCCCCUUGGCGUUGAUGCUGCCAGGAAUGCUGGCAUGUGGGUGGUGAUGGUACCAGAUUCGAAUGUGGAUGCCUCUCUCUGCACUAACGCUUCACUGGUUCUUCCAUCACUCUUGGACUUCGAUCCUGUUCCAUGGGGCCUGCCCCCAUUUUCAGCGGAAAGUGGAAGUAGCUGAAACCUUAACACAUGUGUAACAAUGAUUCUAAAAGCAUGUUUUCUACUAUCUGUAAGAAAGGUGGCUUGGCUAGAACAAACAUUCCCUUCAAUUCAGUUUUUCCAAGUGGCAUUGAAUCUUUCGUACGGAAAAUACGGCC